AUGGCUGCUAGGCGUCAACGCCAAGAGGAAGAUGAGCGAUUAAGAAGGGAAGCUCAUGAUGGUCGUGUGGCCAAGGAAUAUGCCCAAAAUGUGUCGGCGUGGAGUACAAUGAGAGUUGCUGAGGUAAAUGGUUUGCCUUUCACAUCUGUUCCUGCUCCCAUCCCUCCACCACCUGUGCCUCCUGUGUAUGCCGAUGUACCAUCUUCAAAUCCAUCUCCUAAUGAUUUAUUUGUAGCGUUUACCAUGAAGUUUCCACUUAUAUUUAAUAAAAUCCCAUUUGUUCAAUUGAAUAGGCUUGUACCGGUGGCUCUUGUCUUUGGGAUAGAAAGUCCUGAAGAAACAUUGAGUAGGAUUGCUCAAGGAAGAUUCCGUAGCCAUGAAAAUGCAGGGAACUACAAGCGGUGGUGGCAACUACUCUCCUCCGACCGAAUUUGA